AGAUAGUGCUACCUGAGCUGUCCAUCAACAGAGUAUUGCCAUGGCGACCCCAGCUGUGGUGGUCUGUGUUCUCUCCUCACUCCUCUCCUUGGCAGGGGCCUACAGGAUGCCUUGGGAGCGGCGAAUGUUUGAUGACGAGGCCACAGGUUACGGCCCCAUUUUUGAGGAGGAGCCCCAGGAUCUGGUGUACGCAGAGGACAACCCCGACAAUCGCAUCUCCAUGAACUGCAGGGUGCGCGCCAACCCCCCGGCCACCAUCAGAUGGUGGCUGAACAACUGGGAGAUCAAGCUGCUGGAGCAGCCGGAUGAGCACUACAGCCUGGUGGGGGGCAACCUGGUGAUCACCAACCCCAGCAAGAACAAGCACGCCGGCAAGUACGCAUGCGUGGCCAACAACCUCUACGGCACCAUCAUCAGCAAAGAGGCCACCGUCAAGUUUGGAUAUCUGGAUAAUUUCCCUACCGAGGAGCGGGAGCCGGUGCUUGUGAAGGAGGGGCAGGGUGUGGUGCUGCUCUGUGAUCCACCUAACCGGGACCCCUAUAAUGUGAAAUUCCAUUGGCUGUUCAAUGACUACCCCAACUUCAUUGACAUGGACCGGCGUCGGUUCAUCUCCCAGACCACGGGCAACCUGUACAUCGCCAUGGUGGAGGCGUCCGACGUGGGCAACUACUCGUGCUUCGUCUCCAGCGCCAAGAUCGGCAAGAGUGUCUUCAGCAAGCCCAUCCCCCUCAUCCCCCAGCCACAGGAGAAUCCUGCUAAGAAGUAUGCUGCAGACAUCAAAGUGAAGUUCCCUAAAACCUAUGCCCUGCUUGCCAAAAACAUCACCCUGGAGUGCUUUGCUCUUGGAAACCCCAUCCCACACAUCCGCUGGAGGAAGCUGGACGCGGACCUGCCGCCCAACUACGAGGUGACGAUGAACGGAGCGCUGCUGCACCUGAUCAACGUGCAGUACGAGGACGAGGGCAGCUACGAGUGCGAGGCCCUCAACGUCAAGGGCAAAGACUGGCACAGGCAGUGGGUCUACGUGGAAGGACCCCCAGAGUGGGCAUCGCAUAUCAACAACACUGAGAUGGACGUGGGCAGCAAGCACACGAUGAGAUGUGCCGCCAUGGGGAAGCCCUGGCCCUGGAUACGCUGGCUGAAGGAUGGCUACUCGUAUGGGAAAGGGGAGCUGCAGUUUGACAGUCUGACAUUCACCCACUCGGGCAUGUACCAGUGUGUGGCGGAGAACCCAUGGGGAACCAUCUACGCCAACGCUGAGCUCAGAGUGACCGCCCACGCUCCGACUUUUGAGUACAACCCCGUGCGGAAACAGCUGCUGGGAGCCCGGGGCGGGCGAGUGGUCAUCGAGUGUAAACCCCAAGCGGCACCACGGCCCACCUUCACCUGGUUUAAGGGGAAGGAGAAGCUCGGCAACUCUACUAGGUAUUCGGUGUGGCUAGAUGGGAAUCUGGAGAUUUUCAACUCCACAAAUGACGAUGAGGGGGUGUAUACCUGCUUUGCUGAGAAUGAUCGGGGCAAAGCCAACAGCACAGGGACUCUCACUAUCACUGAUGCCACUAAGAUCGUGGUGGCCCCCUCGGACGUGGACAUCAUGGUGGGGGACAGCACAGUGCUUCCCUGCACCGCGUCCUACGACCCCAUGCUGGACCUGACCUUCAUCUGGCACCUGGACUCCAUCAUCAUCGACUUCGACCUGAUGAGGAAGCACUUUGAGCUGCUGCUGGAUCGAGAGAACAGUGGUGACCUUAUGAUAAAGAGCGCACUUGCAAAACACUCUGGACGAUACUCCUGCACUGCCCAGACCGUAGUGGACAACGUCACCGUGAUUGCUGAUGUCGUAGUGCAAGGCCCGCCUGGCCCCCCAGGUGGGGUGAUGGUGAUGGAGGUGAGGGACACGUCGGUGAAGCUGGUCUGGACCCUGGGCAGCGAUCAUGGCCUGCCCAUCAAGCACCACAUCGUCCAGACGAGAGAUUACUACGCCCUCGACCCUGACGACUGGAAGGAGGCAAAGACAUCUCCUGUCUUCCUUGAUCGUUUUGCAACGGCGGCUGAGGUGGUGGACCUCUACCCUUACAUGCAGUAUGAGUUCCGAGUGAUUGCUGUCAACGAAUUGGGCCCUGGCGAGUCAAGCUGGCCCUCCAAGAAGACCACGACCUGGGAUGCAGUCCCCGCAGUGGCUCCAGAAGACGUCGGAGGCUUUGUAGGGAUUAACGGCGAGCUCACCAUCACUUGGACGCCUAUUCAACCACAGUUCUACUACGGGAAGAAGUGCGGCUACGUGGUCGCCUUCAAACCGCACGAGAACUACGACUGGGGCUGGGCAACGGUGACCGACCCCGAGACCAGACGCUACGUCAACAAGGAACUCUACAUCACCCCGGGAACGGAGAUCCAGGUCAAGGUCAAGGCCUACAACAACAAGGGCGAAGGGCCCUACAGUCUGUCCUCUGUCGUCUACGCACCAGAGGGAGUGCCCACGGAGCAGCCUCUGGAUGUGUAUGCUCGUCCCGUGAGCGCUACAGAGGCCUUGGUCUGGUGGCUGCCUGUCUUUCUGCAACCUCCACUGCAGUGGGUGGAUGGCUACCAGGUGCGCUACUGGAGAAAGUACGACGACAACGAGGCGGCGGCGCAGCGGAUCCUCGUGGGGAACGGAGUGAACAACACGCGCCUGGAGAACAUGCUCCCCGACUCGCACUACCUCAUCGAGGUGCGCGCCUACAACGGAAUCGGCCUUGGCCCGCCCAGCGAGCACUGUGAGAUGUUCACCAGGAGACCACCUCCGACGCGCAGGCUGCGGCUCUUCAAGUACGUCAGCUGGAGUGGGAAAUGGCUCUACCUGUCCUGGGACCACAUCUACAGCUAUUGGAACGAGUCCUUCAUUGAGGGAUACAAGAUUCUGUACAGGAAGGUGGGCUAUCGGUAUGGGAAGCUCUACACCACCGGUAGACACUACAUCGACUUCCCCUACCCCGAGACGGGUGACUGGAUCAUCGAGGUGCGUGCCCACUGUGAGGGUGGAGAUGGACCAAUCGGACGUGUCUCCGUCCAGGGAGAGCUCGCCGGUGGCAUCCUCAGCGCUCAGUCUCUGAGCCUGAGCUCUCUUCUGCUGUUUGUCAUGGGCGCGAUGGCUAUCAACCUGUAAUGCUGUCUAC